AAAAAUAGAAAGAUCGCAGGAUCUGGAUCAAGAUACGGAGAUCUUCCUGCACAAUCGACGUAAGGAGGAAGGUGAAGCUGCAUCCUUCGACAGCUCCUUCCUCAAAUACCCCGCGUCUGCCUAGCUAUCACCUCUUAUCUUCCUACUUCCCAUCCACUUCAAAAGACAAGACGCUUCUAUCAGGUUGUGACAUCGCUUCUUCACUGGGAUCAUUCACUUUCGCUUGACCAUUAUCUCUGUGUCUUGCGAAGACCGGCAUCAACUGUAACUCGCAUUCCCAUCAACAACAUCACGAUCAAUCUUCUCAACAUGACCGGCGACUUCGUGUCUAAUCCGAGCUUCGCCAACGAGACUUCCAACGUCUACUUCGAGCAUUCUUCGGGCGUUCGUGUGGACACCAAUGCCGUUCUGAUCGAGGCAAUCCGACGAGAGUACCCUCAGCUUCACCUUACCGUGACACCGACAUACGCAUGUGACCUUCUUCAAUUCGCUGCCGCUGGAAAAGCUGCUGCUGCCCCUAUCGACAAGGAAAAUGAUCGGCUGUAUGUCCGACACUUUUUGGCGCCUGCCAGACGCCUUGACGGAGGCAACGGCCGCAUUGUGGACGAUGUCAAGUUUGGCAAGUUCUUGAUUGACUGGGACGGCAAAGAGUACGUCGUCUACAUUGCCGAGGGUCGCGAUGGUGUAAUGUCUUAUCCACAAGUUCGCAAUCAGUACAUCUUGUCGUCCUCAGUACAGGCAACUGAAAAACUUCUACUGGAGGCUGGAAGAUUUACAGGCAGCUUAGAAGGAGUGGUGCUUGUCUACGACCAAGGUUACUGGCAGAAGAACCAUGAACUGUGGGAAAGUAUCCAGUCGGCCGAAUGGAAAAAUGUCAUCCUUGACGAGGAUAUGAAGUCAGCUCUCAUCAAGGACGUGGACAACUUCUUUGACGGCAGAGAAACUUACCAGAAGCUGAAGGUGCCAUGGAAGCGCGGCGUCAUCUACUAUGGACCUCCCGGCAACGGCAAAACCAUCAGCAUCAAGGCUCUGAUGCAUACACUCUAUAAGCGAAAGGACCCCGUUCCUACACUCUACGUAAAAUCGCUGGCGGGUUAUGGUGGCCCUGAGUUCUCACUCAGUACCAUCUUCAAAGAAGCCCGCCGUUAUGCCCCUUGCUACCUCAUCUUCGAGGAUCUUGACUCGAUAAUUACCGAUUCAACACGUAGUUACUUCCUGAAUGAGGUCGACGGAGUGCGUUCAAACGAUGGUAUCUUCAUGGUCGGAUCCACCAACCACCUUGAUCGCCUAGACCCAGGUAUCUCCAAGCGUCCCUCUCGCUUCGACCGCAAAUACUAUUUCCCCAACCCGAAUCACGAGCAGCGUGUCAAGUACGCACAGUUUUGGCAGGGUAAACUAAAGGAAAAUAAAGACAUUGAAUUUCCGGACAAGCUCUGUGAGGCAGUAUCAUCAAUUACUGAUGGCUUCUCCUUCGCAUACAUGCAAGAAGCCUUUGUGGCAUCUUUGCUAGCUCUUGCGCUUAGCGACAAGGAGGAAGGUCACCAUGAUGCUGAUCUUGACAAGCUUCCGUUGUGGCAGCAGCUCAAGAAACAGGUCAAGAUUCUGAGAGAAGAGCUACACCACGAUCCAGAGGAGGCCAUGGCGGCGCUCAAGAUCUAGUUGAAGUACUUUCUACCAUGUUUUGCUUGUACAACGUUAGCUAGCCGGAUCUACAGAUCUUGCGAUCAUGAGGAUCGAAACUGAAUAUUUGAUAAACCUCGUACGCCCUUGCGAUAUUCUUGUGGGCCGGCUAUCAGCAGGCGUGAAGCUAAACAAAACAAUGAAAUCAAGGUGAUGCGGGUGUGCGAAGACAUGUCUAGGCGAGCUGGAAGGGCAGGAGUAGCUCUCUGUGGGAGCGCUACACAUACGUGAUAUGGCAAAGCUGUUACAAGAUAGUAGGCACAUGAGCAAGCAUGUCUAAUAUUGUCC